AUGGAUUUAAGCCAAAGCAUUAACUCUCAAGAAGUUGUGGAAGAUGAGGAUGUUGACGAGCCAACUGCUACUCCACUUUGGAAAUAUGUCACAAAAUUUUUUGAUGAAUCACCCAAUUCCAAAGGUGGAGGUGGCUCUACAAAAUUUAUAUGCUAUUUUGGUUGCAAAUUGGAGGCUUAUACUGGUUCUUAUUCUCGAGUUCGUGCACACUUAAUAGGAAAAUUACCAGCCAACGAGCUCAAGGUACAAUCUCAAACUAUUAGGUCCUCUGAUGUGCCACGCUCAGUCACAGUUUCAAUUGACAACAUGUUUCAUAUAAGAAAUAGAGAAGAAGCGGACCGAACGGUUGUUAGGUGUCUUUAUAGCAAUGGCAUUGCUUUUAAUGUUGUGAGGUCUCCAUGGUGGGCAGAUAUGGUUACUACUAUUAAUAAUGCUCCAAAAGGGUACAAGCCUCCUAAUUAUGAGAAGGCCAUUUUUAUUAAUGGAUAUGACGUUUUUUCAAAGGAGAAAAAUGAAACAAAUAUUGUUGAUUUGUUGUUUAAAGCAAUUGAAUUUGUUGGACUCUCCAAUGUGGUCCAAGUAGUUACUAACAAUGCCACUAAUUGCAAGGCAGCUGGAGCAAUAAUUCAGCACAAUCGGGAUCUUCCCAAAGUAAAGAAGACUAGGUUUGGGCACCUUUUCAUUGUUUUACAACGUCUUGUUAAAGUCAUACCUGCUUUGUUGUCCAUGGCUCUAAGCAAACAAUGGGAAAAUUUGAGAAAAAAUACAUCAUUUCCUCAUCAGCAUGACAUUGUCCACCAAACCAUUAUGGAUGAUGAUUUUUGGAGUACAUUUCCUCAUCAGCAUGACAUUGUCCCCCAAACCAUUAUGGAUGAUGAUUUUUGGAGAAAAGCAAAAAGAGUCCUCACCAUCACAAAACACAUUUAUAAGAUGCUUAGAUUUUCAGAUUCUGAUAAGGCUGUGAUUAGAGAGGUUUAUGAGUUGAUGGAUACUCUAUUAGGGAACAUUAAGGAUACUCAUUCAAAUGAUCCUAUUGUUUAUGAUUUGAUACAUCAAUUUGUGGUGGAAAGAUGGGAUAAGAUGAACAUUCCUUUGCAUUGUCUAGCCUAUAUUCUUGUUCCUAAGUACUACAAAAAUUCUUGGUUGUCAAAAUCUGCCCCAGGUGGUGUGAGAAAGAAAAAACCUCAUUUUGAUGCUGAGGUGCAAAAGGGGUAUCUUGAGGUAAUGGAAAAAAUGAUUUCUGAUCAAACUGAAGCAGCUGUUAUAAGAAAAAAAAUUAGUGAUUUUGUCAGUUGCAAAGGAGUUUUUUCACAACCUCAAGCAGUAAAUAACAGAGCAACCAUAGAUGCACUAUCAUGGUGGCAUUUGUAUGGUGGGGCAGCACCUAAAUUAUACUCUUUAGCAUUGAAAGUGUUGUCUCAAAGUGUGAAUACUUCUUUUGCAGAAAGGUGUUGGAGUACCUAUUCCUACAUUUAUAAUGUGAAAAGGAAUAGGUUAAAUGUUGAUCGAGCUAAAAAGUUAGUUUUUGUGCACUAUAAUCAUAGACUCUUGUCAAGGUACAUGGAGGACUAUGAGAAUUUUAAAAAUUAUGAUGCACAUCCAGAAGAUGCCAGCAUUGAAGAGGAUAUUAUGGCAAUAGAAGAAAGAGAUAAUGUAUCACUUUCAGACAGUGAAGAUGAUACCACUCUUGUAGCUUCAGACGUUCAGCCAUGUCCAACUCCAACACCAUUGCCUACAUUUUCAUCAUUUCCACUUCCUACUUCUCAAGAGCAUUCAAUAGAACAAGUAGCAACACAAAGGAGACUUGAAAAAGCACGUGGCAAAAGACAGAAAAAGUGA